AUGUCAAGUCAAAGACUCAUCACCCAAAUUUUACCCCUCGAGGCACAAAACAUAUACGUUCGCCUCCUAAUCGACGCUAAGUUAGUAGGCAACGUUUUUGCUACUCGCUGGCAGCACAAAAAUCUUUCUAUUCUGUGGAUUACACAACUUUGCGUGGAUAGCAAAGAUAGAAAUCAGGGGAUGGCUAAAAGGAUGCUUAGACAUUUAGGAGGGGAAGAAAGAAUGGUGGGGAUUUUAUCAAGCCAUCCUUUUGCGUUGAUGGCUGUUUUGAGGGUUUGGGGAAGAGGAGUAGAGGAUAUUAGGAGGUAUUUGGAGACGAUGAAAGGAAGUGUGAAGGAGGUGAUGGAGGGGUGUCCGGUGGGGUAUGUAAGGGAGGCGAGAUUGAGAAGUUCGCUGUUUGGAGAGGGGGACGGAGGAGCAGUGGCGUGUGCCGAUACGCAAUUUUGGGUCGAUCAUUAG